GGCGCCCCCGCCGGCCGCGCCCCCAUUCGACGCGAUGGCGUUGCGCUCACAACUCCUGCGCACAGUGUACAAUGGAACUCAAAUCCGUCAAUUCAGCGAGUUGAAGCCCAAAGAACGAGCUGGGAUAGCACAGCUCAGAGAGGUUCUAGAAGAUAGAUUGACUGAGAUCAAGAAAGCAAAGACUUGGAAACACGAGAGAGUCAUCACUUCUCCGCAGGACAGAAAGGUUAUCGUACAGGGCGCUAAAGGAACCUUCCUAAAUUUCUGUGCCAAUAACUAUUUAGGACUAUCUAAUCAUCCCGAAGUGGUAGAGGCGGCAAGGGAAACUUUAACCAAGUUUGGAGCCGGAUUGAGUUCCGUACGAUUUAUUUGUGGCACACAAUCCCUGCAUAAGGACUUGGAAAAGAGCAUAGCUCAAUUUCACGCACGCGAAGAUGCGAUCCUUUACGGCUCGUGUUUUGAUGCCAAUGCUGGUCUUUUCGAAGCAUUUUUAACACCGCAAGACGGUGUGUUCUCUGAUGCCUUAAAUCACGCUUCCAUCAUUGAUGGAAUUCGAUUGUGCAAAGCACAAAAAUUCCGAUACCCACAUCGAGAUUUAAAUGAAUUAGAGCAUCUCUUGGCUCACAGUCAAACACGAAUCAAAUUGAUAGUGACCGAUGGAGUAUUCUCUAUGGACGGUAACGUCGCGCCUAUCAAAGGAUUGAGAGAUUUAGCUGACAAGUAUAGAGCGUUACUGUGUGUGGAUGAUAGUCAUGCUACUGGAUUCUUUGGAGAAACUGGCAGAGGUACAGAAGAAUACUGCGGUUUACCAGAUGCAGCUGACAUCAUCUGUUCGACUUUGGGCAAAGCUGUAAGCGGCUCCUCAGGCGGCUACACUACAGGGCCUAAGGAGCUUAUUACUUUACUUAGAAAUGUAUCCCGGCCUUAUUUGUUUUCAAACGCACCGCCACCACCUGUAGUUGGAGCCGCUUCGAAGGCACUGGAGCUAGUAGAACGAAGUGGUGAACUUCGUCAACGGCUCAGAGAUAACACAAGACAGUUCCGAGAGGGAUUGAAGGCAGUAGGGCUGACAGUCGCCGGCGAUGACCACCCCAUUUGCCCAGUCAUGGUUGGUGAGGCUUCUCUUGCAGUGGAACUUGCAACUGGCAUGCUAGCACACGGAAUUUACGUGGUAGCAUUCAGUUACCCGGUGGUGCCUAAAGGAGCAGCGAGGGUUCGCGUUCAGCUGAGUGCGGCGCACACGCCGGAAGAUAUCAAAACGGCCGUGGAAGCCUUUACUCAAGUCGGCAAGAAAAUUGGCCUUGUAAAAGCAUAGGUUUUGUUUAUAAGCACAUGUUUUACGUGCAUAUUGCCACA